CUAGAAGAGGUGAGAAAGGGAGGGACGCAGAUAGAAGCAGGAGAGGAGCAAGAAAGGACGACAGCAGACCAAAUUAUAGAAGAAAGAAGAAAGAGAGAAGCAGAAGAGAGGGGGAAAAGGAUAAGGGAAUCCAAAUAUAAUAUACACUACAGAAAUAUAGCCAAAGAAAAAUUACCAAAGUACUUAGAAGGGAGGAUGAAGUGGAGGGACAGAAGAAUACUGGCAAAAUUCAGAUGUGGAAACGAGACCAAAGCAGAGGAAUACUGGAAAGAAGAGGGAGAAAAAAGAUGCAGACUAUGUAGAAGGAAAGAAGAAGACCUGAGACAUGUAAUAGAAGAAUGUGAAAUAACAGGAGGACCAAAGGACAUAGGAAAAACGCUAAAUAAGAUUGGAGAAGGUUUAACAGAACUGAAAGCAAUAAUAGAGAAGAGAAGGGCUAAAGACCAAAGUUGCAAUGGUUUUAAGUCAUUAGUUGCUAAUUUGUAG